AUGCCAAAUCUCUUUGAGUCAGCUGAACGUUUGUACAGACGAAUCGCUGGUACUAAUACUAGUGGUGCGGCCACCAAAAAUUACGGGGGCAGGAAGCACACGGCGGACAGCAAGUCCACCGGUGGCUCUAAUUCCUCCCCCUUUCGCUGGGCCGAACAGAAUAACUACUCCGCCCGAUCACCCAGCUCCACCAACCUGGCGACCUCUGAAGAGGCUUCAGACGAUCCCGUCGACGGCAGUGUCGACAGCAACAACCUCCUUUCCCCUCGUGCUCAUCCACCCGGUGACUUGACCGCCGUGAGCAGCAGCAGUAGUACCAGUGACAAUGACGCGGCCUAUGACGAAAUCGAUAACACAACUACAGAUGCUGCUGGGACUGUUGCUGGAGCCAACAACGAGGAUCCGGUCGAUCUGGACGGCUUGGAACCCCAGGAGGCCUACAGACGAAACCAGCACUUUCGGCGGAGUAUUCAGAAGGCUCAAGCCAGCCGGUCGGCUGACUUUGAAGACCGGAUUACUGUGCCUGCCUCUAUCGGGCAGAGUCGUUAUCCCAGUGACGAGCGUGUAAGACUGUCCGCCUCCUCCCCAUCCUCCUCUGCCGGAGAAGAUGAAGAGGAGGAGGAGGAUGAGGAUGAUGAGGAGGAAGAGGAAGAAGGCGAUGACCGCACUGAUCUUUACCCAAACGGGAGCCGGGGCGGAGGCGGCGCCUCACGCUCCCCUUCCACUGCCUUCGUGCCACGUACAGGUGUCCAAUGGCCCUCAGACUCUCCACAAACACUGCUUGAACUCAUGCCAAAGAUGCGCUGUGCUAUGGGACCGCAGACGACACAGUUUGUGCGUGCUAUCUGCCAGCGCAGUUCUUGCCGAUGCCUUCUCCGCGGGCACGACACCCUCAUGCUCUUCCCUCUCUUCGACGCCAUCCUCUGCGAGGCGACUUGGGAGAAGAUUCUGGACAACCAUAACGCUGGAUCGCGUUCCAGCGGACACUUUCUUUCCCGUCUGCACAGUCAUGUGCCUACGUCUACCAGCGAGACCGUAGCCAAGCUGAUAAUGUUCCGCCAGUGUCGCGGAUGGUAUGAGGUCAUGAAUGAAAAUCACGAGGCCGUACCACACUGGACUACAGUGGAAGACCUGCGUCGUGCCCGGCCCCCCAUCUUCCUUGUGCGACGGGAACUACGCUGUCUAGUUGCCCCUCAACACCUCUGGCUGCCCCCAGUGCAACCGUCACAGGCUCCGAUCUCAGAGAAUUGUGCACCCCCACCAGUCCCUAUAUCCUCGUCCAUCGUAUCCGAAGCGAUGACGAUGAAUGCUAUAUCCUCCAGCGCUCCAUGCGUCCUCAAACCAGGCACACUCCUCACCUACGUAGACUUUCUGUCUUCUUGCUCCGUUAAACGUGGCAAGAAAGUGAAACAACUGCCCCUGGUGUUGGCGGUCGAGAAACAGCGCUCCACCAAACAACCGGAAACUGCCCAGACGGCCCCACGAAAACUCUACUACCUCGGCACCGAAGAAGCCUCCAGUCUAGCCGUUUUUCCGUCAAAACUGGCGCUCAGUCCGCUUGCCGGACCAGAAAACAUUUCUGGCGUACAUAUGCUCUCCAGCCUGUUGCGUAAGUUCCGUCUCCCACUUUCCAUCAGUCCAGUUGCGGUGCCAGAACGGCGUCUGAAUAGUGGCAGCAACGUCAGCAGCUUGAGCGGAGACUCCGGCGGAGUUGACUACGCAACGGCACAGUCUAGCAAACCGGUCAAUAUCUUUCCCACCGUUCCCGGCAUCUCCUUCACGGAGCGUAAUUUUAUUCGCCUGCGUGCCUUACAGCGCGGGGAUAUUUUAAUUGUUGCACCGAUCGACGCACCGGAUCGGUUUUUCCUCAUUACACCUACAUUGCUACAAGAUCACCUCUUCCAGAUCGGUUUCUCGGAGGACCCCAUCUACCACCGUCUGGCGGCCAGUCAUCGUAAUCGAACCACUAACUUCCUUUCUACCGCACACCCCCGCGAAUCCCUAAGUUACCUUCUGCGCUACCUCAAAAAUGUGACUAACGAGCCAAGACCACCAAUCAGCUCGAAGUUUCUGGAAGCCUGUCGAACUCAAAAUCAAAAUUCCACACAGAACUUUGAGAUCUCUUCAGCUCUCGCAAAGGUCAUCUACAAGGAAACUGGCAGAGACCCUCGAGUUGGACCAGACUGCAAUUUUACCCCGGAACAAGUCGACCAGGUGUAUGAGGAAUUGGACGACCUUUACUUCUUCACGCGAAAUGGCUACUUUCCUCCAAAAAAUCGUCAACGACGCGUCACCGCUGGCACGACGCGAAAUUUGGGAGCCUCGGAGUCUCCGUCUGAGGCCUGUCCUGUGGGCCAACGUACGCUCCUAAGUAAAGUCGCGACUAGUGGUCCUCUGACACCGAAUCAUCUUUCAACAGGUGGCCAGCGGCAGAUGCCCAUUGCGGAACAACUUCUGGCCGCCAGCCUUAACAUAUCGACCUCUAAGUAG